GGGCUCUAGCCAUUAAUCCCAUCAAACCAAAUCAAGCUCAUUAAUUCUUAGUGUAAACUACCUCACACGGGUGUGGUGGGAAUGAAUGAGAGAGGACAUCUAUAUUUGCUGCUCUGACCUUCUAGGAAAGUCGUGACAUGAAUGCAAUAACAAUGAAUGAAUUCGUCUGAAAGCCCACUUUAUUUUGUCAUGAUUCUUUGUCAGAUUAAAGGCAGUCAAAAACACUCUUCAAAUUCUGGAACAAAACAGGGUGGUUUUUUAUGUGUGGAAGAGGAGGAAGUUAUGAAUACACGUCGUAAACUGUGCAUCUUGAUUCGUUUUCAGUUCUCAAUGCUACCAGCUUCUGCUUCUAUUACUCACAAGGUUUUGAUUUGAUAGUAUGAGAACAGUGAGGGCAUUAGGACCAAGGGAAAGACACUUGCAUGCACACACACUUGCUCUGUUAUGUCUGGCAAAGUGUGUACUUAUGUGUAAAACCAAGUCAGAGGCUGAGUCGUUUGUAUAAAUGGUUCUACGUGAACUUGGAGCAUCAGAAGAAAGGGAGGAAAGUUGCCAACUCUGCUUGAAAAGAGAAAUCCUUUUUGCUGCACAUCUGACAACACUGAGGGUUUUUUUUUAUUUUUGCCGGAACAUGCCAUAUGCGGAAGGAAGAAACCUGUCAAGAUGUGAACUUGCUUCGGGAUUAAAAGAAAGCUAAUUCAACUAUAAGAUGGCUUUAAUGAACGUUCUAGCCAACUGAUAGAAUCCUCUUCCAUCCAGACCCACUUGGACAAUCUGGUAUUUGGUAUCAUAAUAAAAAGCUAUUCUUUUGUUAAGUGGAUUUAUUUAAUCUUUCCUCUGUAAGUAAAUAGAACUGGUGUUGUUUUAUGCUUUGGUUCCAAGAACAAGGAUGCAACAAGCAAGGCAAUAUCAGAAGAGAAUGGAAAAUUAUGGACCAUUCCUUUGUUGCAAUGAAACAAGACAACUGGGAUGGAAGAUGUACUGAUUCUUAACAUGACAGUCUGCACCACUUUUGUACCGAAACUAUGUUUCUGAGGAAAAGAUGCAGGCAUAGCUCACGGAAAUGGCAAUUUCUCUUGUUGCUCCUCGUGCUGGCUUUUUUGUUAGUGAUGGUGACAAUGCUCAACCCCACACCCAAAGAUCUAAGCAAGGAAAGAGCAUCCUGGUCAGCAGAAUCCAUCCCUAAUGAAGGAUAUCAGGUAGAUUUUGGAGAACCUCAAGAAAUCUUGGACACUCAGGACAGCCAACAGUAUUUGUCCAUGGAAGGACUAUCGCCUUUCAUCUCCCUCAAAGAGGACGAACUCUUGGUGGCUAUGGAGUUGUUUGCGGUGAAGAGAAAUCACACCAAAGUUCGGAAAGGAUAUCGGAUGGUCAGGCAGCAAAGCAGAAAGAAAGAGGAGGCCGGGCAGAUGCAAGACUCAGAGUUUUUAUUCCAGUCUCAUCUUGCAGAAGAGGAUGAAUUUCAGAACCAGACAGAUGCAAGUGAACAGACUAUAGAUGGCCUGGAGAUUUAUGGUUUUAAUGAAGCACUCAGCAAGCAGAUUCCUCUGCACAGAGAGCUACCUGAGGUACGGCACCCUUUAUGCUUGCAGCAGGAGCCUAGUCCCAAUCUGCCUACUGCGAGUGUUGUCAUCUGUUUCCAUGAUGAAGCCUGGUCUACUCUCUUGAGAACCGUUCAUAGUGUCUUAGAUACAGCACCAAGGGACUUCCUCAAAGAAAUCAUCCUCGUAGAUGACCUCAGUACACAAGAAUAUCUGAAGUCAUCCCUGAGCGAAUACAUCUCUAAGCUGCCAGGUGUGAAAUUGAUUAGAAGCAAUAGAAGGCUGGGAGUCAUCCAAGGUCGUAUGCUUGGUGCGGCACGAGCCACGGGGGAAGUCGUGGUCUUCAUGGAUUCCCACUGCGAAUGUCACAAUGGAUGGCUAGAACCUCUGCUGGAACGACUAGCAAGUGACAGAAGUCGGAUUGUUUCUCCUGUCAUAGAUGUAAUUGAUUGGAAGACCUUUCAGUAUCACCAUACUAUGGAGCUGCAGAGAGGUGUUUUUGACUGGAAAUUAGAUUUCCACUGGAAACCACUGACAGAACAUGAAAAGAAGGUACGGCCAUCUCCCGUCAGCCCCAUCAGGAGUCCUGCAGUGCCUGGUGGAGUCAUAGCAGUGCACCGACAUCAUUUCCAAAAUACAGGUGGUUAUGAUUCUGACAUGACCCUUUUAGGAGGUGAAAAUAUUGAAUUAUCAAUAAAGGCCUGGCUUUGUGGUGGAUCUGUCGAAAUCCUUCCAUGCUCACGUGUAGGACAUGUCUAUCGUACAGGCAUGCCAUACAACUUUUCGGAUGAAAAAGCAAUAGAAAGGAACAAAAUACGAAUAGCUGAGACCUGGCUGGAUUCAUUUAAACAUCUCUUUUACCAACAUGACAGAUUGGCAUGUUUGAUAAGCAAGGCAGAGAAGCCAAAUUGCACUGCCCGCAUCCAGCUGAAAAAGAGACUAGGAUGUAAAGGUUUUCUGUGGUUUAUCUCAAAUGUGUACCCCGAAUUGCGCCCAGUACAAGACAGACAAGGGUUUUCAGGAAAGCUGUACAAUGCUGGGCUUGGACUCUGUGUGGUUGCUGUAAGAGGCCUUCUUGAGUUAUCACCUUGCAGUGACAAUAUUAACCAGUACUUUGAAUUCAGCAGCAUGAAGGAAAUCCGCUUUGGAUCCACACUGGAGCUUUGCUUUGAUGUUAGGCAUGAAGAGAUUGUCCUUCAAAACUGUACAAAAGAGAUGGAAAAUAGCGCACAACAAUGGGACAUCAAAGAGAAUGGAAUGAUUGUCCAUGUGCUUUCUGGAAAGUGCAUCGAGGUUAAGAAGACAGACAUAUGUCUACAGAAAUGUAACAAAGGGAUCAAUCUGGUCUGGCAGCUUAAUCAUUCAUACCCCCUGGAUAUGAGAUGAAUAUGAAGAUCUGCCUAAGUCCAUUGUUGUUUUCUGCACUUGUUUCCAAAUUGCCAGAUUGGGAAAAGAAAGCUCUGCACAUUGUAACAUACUUCAGAUUCGUACGUUUCUAUCAAAAAUAUAUUCCAAAGGUUUUGGUGUUGACAAUGGUUGCACUGCUUUCAGAAAAGAACUGAGAGAAAAUAAAUAAACAUUUGGUUGCAUGAAGCUCUUCAUUUAUGCAAAAUGGAAAUAUGCCAUCAAGAUCAACUAAGCAACUAGAAUACGCUGACAUUCUUCCUUCAAAGGACUCUAAGGAGCAAACUCCUAGAAGGAAUAUUUUAGUAUAUUGUGUAAUUUAUGAAAUAAAGAAGUUAACAUUAUUAUUUUUUUCAAAGACACUGUUCAGUUUAGGACAUAAUUGCUUCUCUAGGAAUUGGACAAAAUAUGGUUCUGCCUAUGUUGAAUGCAUAAAACAACUGUAACAAACAUAAAACAAAAUUACAGCUUUCAUAAGUGACUUUCCUUUGUUCUCCGGAUAUUAUUUUCAUUUUAUCACAUUUUAGACACUGCCAUGGCCCAGACUUAAAGACAUAAAGCAAGAGGACAGAAACAUCAACCAAGCUAAAUUUCAGUUUAUUAACAGCUGGAUUACACAUUUGUGAUCAUUAAUAUAUAAUCUAUUACUGGAAUUAUGAAAAAAUUGGUUGAGUGCACUUUAUGAAAAAAACAACAGGAUUGUUAGGUGCGACAUACAGCAAUGACACAUUGAUACCCAACUCCAUUUUCAUGGUUGCUGUUAUGGGCUAUGGAUGGUGUGAACACCAAUAACUUCUUAAUUUUGUGCUGGAUUGUUUCCAAAGUAACUGAUGAUCUAGCAAAUGUGUUUUGAAACCUGCCCUGCCCUUCUGGAUUCUGUUCUGUAUUAUCAACAGGAGGUUACUACAGAAAGUAAUUAAAAAACAACAAUUUUG